AUGCAUGCGAUUUUCUCUCGCACUCGCAGGGUCGUCGUCGUCGUUGGUCCUUCUCUGCAGCGAACAAAAUUGCUCAGAAAUCAGCAGCCGGCGCUUUCUCAACAGAGCCAGAGACGUCAUUUCUUGAGCCACCUUCUUCCUUCUGGCCUCGUCGCUUCUUCUUCGGCCACCCGAUCGGAGAAAAUCCAUGGGUUCUUCGCUACCACGUUGAGAAACAACCAUCUGAAGCUGGAAUCGGGAAAUGCAUCGGAAUCUAGAGCUGGGUUCUUCGGUUUUCGACUUCCCAGUAAAGGAUUGGAGUCUGAGGGUUUUACUGGGUUUCAAAAGCGUGGAUGGAAGUCUUGGAUUCAUGGAGCUAACGGUGUCGUUUUCGGGUUGAUCAUUGCUAAUGCUGCUGUGUUUACACUGUGGAAGGUUUCAGAUAAACGAUGGAUGACUAAACAUUUUGUGCUAUCAUUGUACAGUGUUACAAGUGGACAUAUCCACACGCUGAUAACUCCAGGUUUCAGUCAUAUUGGAACCAGCCAUUUCGUCAUGAACAUGAUUGGACUGUUCUACUUCGGAACCAAUAUCGCAAGAACCUUCGGGCCGCUCUACCUUCUGAAGCUGUACUUUGCUGGAACACUUGCAAGCUCUGUUUACUUGUUAAGUGAACAGGCUCUAAUGGCAACACUCAAGAGCUAUGGAUCUCAGGGUCGAACAAAACCCAUUGCAAUCCUGGGUGCUGAUGGAUCUGUGUUUGCCAUCACACUACUCGAUAUCUUACUCUACCCAAAAGUGACUACAUACUUUGACCUGAUGCUUCGAGUACCCGCAUUGCUUGGAGUAUUAAGCUUAGGAGGCAACGUGUUACAAGUGCUAGAGGGGAAAACGAAGACUCUCUCCCUCCAAUCGACUCAUGUGUUAGGAGGAGCUAUAGUUGCAGCCAUUGCGUGGAAGAGGAUUAGGAAAGGUCGAUUCUACUAA